CUAAACUGAAAGUAGAACGAUGCCAUCAGCGAUAAAUAUAGGGUAAUAUGUUUUAAUACACGUGUAUCAAACUGAAAACUAUUCUUACGUUAUACACGUCUCUACAAAGCAUUCAUCACAUAUUUGUCCGUAAUUGUGGGUCUACAAGCACAAUCAAAUGGGAAAACAUUGAAAUAUGAAGCGAUGUACGUGUACCACGCUUUGGUGACAUUGUGGAUUUGUACAUGUCUGUAACUAGGCUUUGUUUUAUGAAGAAAAAAACCCUCUAGAUAAUCAAGGACAUAAUCAGACAGCUGGAAUAUUAUACAGACUAGAAGUUAAAAUUUAUUACUGACAAGAUUCAGUGUUAUCACUUAGAAAAAAAGUGACAUAUAUACUUGCCAGAAAAUAUCCCCUUGCUUUUGGAGAAAGGAAGCCAUAAAACGAUGAAGAACAUUCUAUUUCUGGCUGUGCUGUACUUCCUCCAAGGCCUACCGUAUGGACUACAGGCAAAGUUUCUGCCUGUUUACUUCAGGUCACAUGGCAUGAGUCUGACUGACAUUAGCCUCUUCAAGCUACUCCUGUUACCCUGGAUGUGUAAAGCAUUGUGGGCCCCUUAUGUUGAUCGCUACGGUACCAAAAAGGAUUGGCUCAGGUGGAGUAUGGCAGGGUUAGCAUUGACUUGCAUAUUUGGAGCCUUUUCUCCGCCUGAACUCAUCAUACCACUGGCAUGUGUACUUUUCCUUUUCAAUCUUUUAACUUCAACUCAGGACAUUGCUGUGGAUGGAAUAGCAAUACAAAUUCUGUCCUCAUCAGAACUGGCAUACGGGAACAUCGCCCAGGUGGUUGGCUAUAAGGUAGGAACACUGGUCAGUGGAGGUGUUCUAACCUGGCUAAGUGACCACAUGCCUUGGCCAGUCCUUUUCUUUAUUUUAGUAGGCGUUUACUCACUUUCAACAUUUCUCGUGACUAUUGGUAUAUCACAUACAGAAACAACACACAAGGAGGAAACAGAAACAUGUGGACAUACCUCCAAUCAGAACAAUACUGACGAAGAAGAGGGUCAGUAUGGAUGGUUUUUGAAACAUUUAGUAGAAGUUUACAGAUCAACAGGAACUAAAUGGAUAAUUGUGUUUGUUCUUCUCUAUAAACUAGGUGAACAAGGAGCCAUCAGUAUGGUCCCACUCUUUCUGGUGGACAAAGACCUCCCGAUGUCCAAGAUUGGAUUUUGGACAGGCAUGGUGGGACAGCUAGUGUCGAUAUUUGGUUCAUUUCUGGGAGGCUGGCUUAUAUCUCAUCUCAGCUGGAACACACUGGACCUCCUCAGAGUAUCAUGUAUGCUUCGAUUAUUUCCACUCUCCACUCAGAUCCUUGUAGUGUGGUUCUGGUCAGAAGAAAGUGCUACUCUGUGUUAUGUAAUAUCUAUCGUGAGUAUGCUCAUAAUGCUUCUGAUCAGUGGGACCGUAACCACAGCAACUUUCACCAUGAUGAUGCAGUGCUCACAGUUAGCACCCUCUAGGAUCCAGGCAACACACUACACUACGCUGGCCACUCUGGAAGUUCUAGGGAAGUUAACCUUCUCUGUGAUAACAGGAUCUAUCACUGAUUUUGUAGGGUAUAGAUAUGUGUACUUAUUGUUUAUAGCACUGACUGCAAUGCUGCUGCCAUUGUUCAAACAUUGUCCACCAAGUUUGGAGGAGAAAGCAAAUACAAACAAAAAUCAUUAAUACAUGUACUACAUUUUUUAGGAAAUAUGACUUUCAAGAAAACUAGAAUACACAGAUAGAUGUUUGAUUGACAAGGAGGAUCUGCUGACUGUGUAACUUGAACUGAUUUCUGCAUGCAUGUAAUUUCUUCAUCAGAGAGUGGAACGAUUAGUAGGAAAUAAAAUAUCCAAAGAUGACAUCAGUAGUAUAUCAAAUAUACUUUCCAUGAAAGUGAGAAAAUUGAAACAUGUUUUCAUUAUGAAUUCUUAACUUAAUAUAUGUAAGUAAUAAUGACCUUGAUCUUUGGUCCUCCUAUUGUUCAGCAAAGUAACCACCAGCUACUACAUGGAGACACCACCUCAAAGUACUGCUUGCUCAUAGGCAAUGAGCACAGAAAACAUACUUAGAUGUGAGCAUGCAUGAUGAUGGCCUUGCCAAAUGGUAAAAAAAUCAAUAUACAUUUGUAUACUAAUAUGAAUUGUAUAUAAACAAAGUCAAAGAAUUUGAAAAUUCUUGGUAUAUUGUCUAUGCAAAAAAAACCAAAAAGUAUACUAAGAAAUACUUUCUCAAUUUUACCUCAAAUGUAGAAUAUGAUAUAAAUGUGUAUGUUAAUUAAAACCUUAUCCAUCUUGA